AUGGCCAGCAAUCCACCGACCACCGCCAGCAAGGUGAAACCUCCAACGCUGCCCUCAAUGUUUACGCUGUUCGCCAAGUACCGUCCGACGCUAAACUCCUUCCAAGGCGAUGGAAAACGCAUCCUGCUAUCGCAAAGUGACUGCUGGAUGCAACAGGCCAACCUGAUCGGGCCCAAACAUUUCACCCUCACCCAGACGGGGUUAAUAUUUUUCGAGUUUAGAAAGUCUACCCUGGAUUACGACGAGUACCUGCAGUUCCUAGCGCUGCUUUGCAACGAAAAGCAGGUCAGUGUGGAGGAGGUGAAGGAAAAGUUAACCAACUGUGGGCCGCCCGGCAUCACUUCCUGA